CCCCCACCCCUCCCAUGCGGCCCCCCGCCCCGUCUCGCUCCGCUCUCCUCCUCCUCGUCUCUCGCCGCGCCGCGGAGCUGCGCGACUCGUGGGGCCCGGGCCCCCCACUCCUCGCGCUGCGCCGUGGGCUCCGCGAAGCGCUGAGCCGCCACGCGGGGGGCCCUGGGGACCAGGAGAGGGGAGACGACGAGGAGGAGAGAGGAGACGACGAGGAGGAGAGAGGAGAGGACGAGGAGGAGGAGGAAUGGCGUCUUUCGCGGGGACCCGCGAAGCGCGGCCUCGAGGCGGGAAGCACGGACAGAGCCCUCAAGGUACUGGCCGUGCCGCUUGUGCUGCUGCUCACGUAUUACGCGUGCCUCUGGCUGCACCCGCCCACUCAGCAGCUCGUGUCUCGGCAUACGCAGCGCUGGGUCUACAAUGCGCUGCGACGCGUGCGGCUUCUCACACUCCCCAUCACGCGGAGAUACAACCUGGCAGCGUACCACGACCAGGAGUGCCUCGUCUACAACCCCCUUUACUCGGACCCCACACCGAACUGCUCGUUCUGCGCAGCCGUGAAGAGCGUCAUCUUGCUGGACGAAUUCUCGAAUUUUACUCAGUACUACUAUGGCCAGGCUGACCCCGUGCUUGUGAAGGGCGGACAAAAGGACCACGUGGGUUUGGAAGACGUUCAGCACUUGCAUGCGGUGCAUGGGAAGACCCUGGACUUGCGUCCCGAUGAAGUCUCCUGCAGCAACGACUCUGUGUCCAGUUUCUCCCAUCUCUUCCGGCUGUUUCCCACUGAGGAGACGCUGGCUCGGAGCUCCACAACAUUCCAGUGGAAGACGCAGCGGGUCGCGGGGACUCGGCUGCUGCGGGAGCUGUUUCCCCGGCCUUACUUCAUCUCUCCCGACAGCGAGGUGUCUCUGCUCAAGCUGCUCAUCCUGCAGGGCUCACAGGCCACUCCGCACGCCCUGGUGUUCCAGCUACAAUUUUACAAUGCGUGGCUGGCCAUUGGCAGCGGGAGCCUGUCCCUGCACCUGACCCCAGUGCCCGCGUGCCAUGCUCCCUGCCGCACCCUCUCAGUUCAUGCCCAAGCUGGCGACCUUGCGCCCCUAAUUGACACGACGGGAGGGGAGGAGACCGCUGUUUCAUCUGAUCCACCUGUGCUGAAUCCGGCGGUGUCGCCCCCUGUUGGACCGCUGCUUCCACCGGCUGGAGUUCUCCUUCCGCCCCUGGCAGAUGGGCCGGCUAUGCGGACACGCUCUAAAAUGUCGCGGUUUUCCUGAAGCAUUUUGGGUCCUGCAUUGCGUGUUGCUAUUUUCUCUUACAUUGUUUGUUUAAAGUUCCGUUUCUUCUCCUCAGUCAAAUGGUGUUACACUUCGUGGUUGAUGGCGCUCUAUAUUAUGUUUUACCUUUCCUUAGCCAGGACGGCUAGAUUUUUUUUUAUCAUGGGGGGUGGGGGGGGGGUGAUGUAAUGAGAGCGCCAUCUCCUGAAUUAUUUGGGGCGUUACUUGUUAUGCAGUUAUGGUUUAUCUAUGGUAGUGUUUAUAUCCGGGAAGCCUCUGGAGCAUUCCCGAAAGUUCCAGGAGGGGCGUGGCCAGAGGCGGGGCUUAGCCGCCGGGGAGGGCAUAUAAGCGGGGGCCAGAGCAAGGUGCGGGGUCGAUGUUGAAGAUCAAGAGGAGCUCCCCGUCGCUGCUGCCUCGCCAUCUCCAUCGGCCACGUGGCGGCUCGACCUCGAGCCGCUCAACCACUCCCUAGCGCGCCGUCAGCCAGCGGCAUGUUAGCGAGCGGGUGAGCGCCACGUGGCGUGGGGCAGCGAAACCGCCUGGGUGGCGUAACAUUCGUAGUGAGAGUGAGAGAGAGACAACCAAGCUGUACUGAAGAUUUAUUAAUAAACAACGUAAAGUUUUUACCGUGUCGGAGCCACUUAUUACAUAUGUAUAUCUGUAUGUUGAACUUCUUUCGCACCGUACGUAGCCAACCGCACUAAUCGGGGGUGCGGGGGAAGGACAACAAAGGCUCAGUGUGGUGGCCAAUGCAAUCAGAAGCAGAAGUUAUAAAAACAAUAACCUUUGCAUGUGUAGUGGGUAUUGUUAGCGUUACACGUGGUUACCACUACUUACCCGGUGUAGCGUCAGCCAUGGGUCAGCAGGGGGCAACGGCAAAUGCGGCCUGUAUCAAGUAACGCCGUUAGGCCAGGGAACCCAGAGGGCGGUUGGGAAUCGGAGGUAUACACCCCAGGCCCCCAGUGGGGGCUGGGGGAUUACGCAAUAGUUGAGGUCCCUCCGAAAGGUUCCAGAGAGUAGGCGUGGCCAGGGGCGGAGUGACCUUGGGAGCUGUAUAUAAGGCGGACCCCUGAACGGGUUUGCCAGUCGUCAAGCUGAAGACUGAAAAGCCAGCUUAGACUAGGACCCUGGGAACCCCCGGACCCGACGUCCUUCUAAGGGCCGGGACCGAGUGGGCCAGUGGCCGGGACCCGAGGACCUUGGCUGGGUCGGGUCAGCUAGCCUCCCCUAGGUCCCCCUAGCCAGAGGGUUGAUAUAUAUAUAGAGGAAGUGGUCCCAGUGAUUAGGACACACUAGCCCAGAGUCUAUACCUCCCCAGGGUAUCAGGUGGAAGGGACCGAUACCCCUUUGUGUCAGGGACCUUGUGUUAACGUUAUAGUUGUUAUAAGUAAACGUGUUGCCUCCAGAGAAGACUGAGUCUCCAUCAUUACCACUACACAUGUAUAGUGGUGCUUGCUUAAAUGCCCCAGUAUCUGAACGCCCCUUGCAUAUUAAUUUGAAUAUUUGGAAAUCCAAAGGUUAUUGGAUAUCCCAAUAUCAAAAUGUUUCAAUUUAAAGUCAUAAUUUUUCUCUCAUCACAAAUAAUGAUGUAGUACACAAACACUUGAGCUACUGCGGUGUAACAUUGAGCAAACUCGUCUUUUAAUCCAGAGGUCACCGGUCGAGUUAAUUUUCCAAGGCGGGAGUUGAAACGAUGUGCCAAGUUCUUAAUCUCCCCCCCACCUCUGUCCACCCAAGAGUACAAAUGGGUACAGUGCAGUAAGGUGAUCGGCAGGUCAAGUGUGAUGGGGAAUGUGUGGGUCCUUCCACUCUUGCAGCAUGGAAGAGGAGGCUAAAUAGCCUCUAUACGGGCUCUCUAGAACUCCCUGCAGUGGAAUUCCUUCUGCCAGCAGAAACGUGACCAGGAAAUUACAGAGCUCCGCCUUUAAAAUAUUUAACCACCAGCCUCCUAUACACUGCAGAAUCUUACGUGUCCAGUGUGAGGCUUGUCGUGUGCAGUAUGCUACCCCAACCAUGCCUCCUGCCUCUGUCCACCCAGCAGCAGGAUAAGCGGGUACACCGCAAUUGGUUGAUCGACAGGUUGUCUGUGUUGGUCGGGUUGAGUGUGGGUAUGCCCACCUUUUGCUACCUCGUCUGGUCAACGUGGAAGAGUAGGCCAAAUACCCUAUAAGGAGGCCUUUCCACCAGCACACUGGACUUGUAAUCCAGGGGUCACCGGUCAAGUUCAUUUUCCAAGGGCGGCAGUUGAAACAAUAUGGCAAGUUAAAUUUUGACUUAAAGCUUUCUAAACUGCAGGGAUUCAUAUUCUUGGUUCUUUCGGUAAAG